AUGAAUUUAGAAAAUAUCCGUUGCGAUAGAAAAACGGAAAGGGCCGGCCCGGUGGACAACGGGCAAUUACGAAGACCAUCUCGAUCACCGCGAAGUCAGCGUAGCCGCAGCGCGGACGUGGACUGUCUAAAGAAAUAUACGGAGCGUCGAGUGGAGGAACGUCGACACACAGAUACCAGCGACACCAGCAAAUUGGACACUUCAAAGUGGAUGCCGCUACCAAAGAACGUACCUCGGGGGCAGCAAUCGGGGGCGACCAAGAGAUUCUCGAGGGAUGAACGGCAAGAGAGCAUCUACGAAUCGGCUGAGGAUGCCGAGAAGUGGUCAACGAAGCCACCUUGUUCAACCGACAAUCGAUCCUCCAGACUUGUACCCGAGGUCGUCGGUCGAUCUCACUACACCGUGAGGAGUCACAGCACCGACGUAACCAUUCUUAAGAGGCCGGAAAAGAGCAUCACUGAGCAGCGAAGGCACACGGACUGCAGCGACUCGCAAACUAUCGCCACGAGAUGGCUACCACACAUUAAUGGUGCGAAAUUUUAUCGAGAGACGUCUCCCCUUGCAAGAAUUGGCUGUGAAAUCACGAAGAGCGCAGCUACUCGAUGGAUGACGUUUACCAAAAGUCCGUCACCUGUACCGAGGAUAAAUUCUGAGAGGAAAGAUUCCGUAACGGAACACGACAGAAAGGACGAAGGAUCGCGCAAGGACGCGGACGCUUCUAAAUGGCAACCUCCCAGAAAGUUCUCUCCGGCAAAGAACGAGAAAGGACGUUUAGAAAGACAAAAUGAGUUAGACAUUGGCAGAGAUCGCUCCUUGAGCUUUGUCGAUACUAAUGAGCGAGCGAAAGAUCGCUCCUUGAGUUAUGUCGACACUGACGAACGAGCAUGUAAACUUAGCGAACGUAUGCGCGACUUAUACGAUUUUAAGACUGAGAACGAGUGGCCGAAGAGGGCAGGGACUUCCCGGGAGAACACUUGGAUUAGCAAGAGCAGCAGCGAGGAGGAGAGGAACAAUUAUCUACCGAUUCGCAGAAAUAGUCAAGAUUUGGAGUUCAAUGACAGAAUCGAUAUCUUUAAGUCCAAGGCUCAACAUGAGGAAGACAAACGAAAACCAAAAUGCAAUAUUCACAAAGCAUGCGAAGUGUUUGCGGACGAGCAAGACGAGCGUCUACGAAAGUUCAAUCACAAAUUGCGAUAUAGUGAGGAUUUCAGUGUGGAGCGACUUCGCGGCCGCGAACGGCGCACUUACUCGGAUGACUACGAUGAGAAGAUAGUCCGACGAGAGUCUCGUUCAUCUCGGCAGCCGGAACUAGUGACGUUCAAAAGGGAUCGACCAGAAACACAAGCUAUUAUGAGAUUGGUGGAUAAGGAGAACGAACGGAAUUCGGACGUGAGCAUGAAACCACGCGAUUCCCAAGUCAGCUACGUAGAAAUAGACUUCAGAAAAAGAGACUCGCGUACCAGUGAUGCCAGUUACGUCAGCGUAAAUCUGGGUAAGAGGGGCAGUGUUGAGUGCAAAGGCACUCGAAUGAUCCCCGAUAUCCCGCCAAGAAGAGCUUUCAGCCAGAGCGAUGAGCGACCAUCCACCCCGGUGCCACCGAUCGAAUUCAACGACGAACGAUACGUUCCCAAGAAAUUGUCGGAACCGAAAAGAGACAGCACUAGAUAUAAAAUAUACUUAACAUAGGAAAUGCCUGCGAGAGCAGGCAUUUCGCGAAACGAAUGCCGCUUUCGCAGGGUUUUAGAUUAAUAUUUAACGAAGAGAAAG